AUGAGCGAAUCCGUGCAUUGGGUGCCCUUUGAGUCGAAUCCAGAGGUGAUGAACAAGUUUUUGUGGGCCAUAGGAGUGUCUGAAGACUAUCGUAUUGUGGAUGUGAUGGGUUUAGACGAAGAACUCUUGCCUUUCAUCGACGGACCCGUUCUGUCACUUAUUCUUCUCUAUCCCGUGAAUGAACACAACGAGUCGUUGACAUCACUCUCUUCAUACCUGCUGUUCAGUCUCAAGACGUUUCUCGACUCGACUCGUCAUUUGUCGCACGAAGAGAGGGGACGCCUAUUAGAGUCCAACGAAGAGAUAGCAAACGCUCAUCACAUAUACGCCAAAGAGGGCCAGACAUCGGCGCCGGCGGCCGAUUCGGAGGUCGACCACCACUUUGUGGCUUUAGUUCAGAGGAAUGGGUAUCUGUUUGUGACGGACGGCCGCGGAUCACGUGCUUUGAACUUUGGCAAGACAUCGGACGAGACCUUUCUUUCAGAUGCGGCCCGAGUUUGUCGUCAAGUGAUGGCCAGAGAUCCCAAUAAUUUGGUUUUCAACGUCAUUGCACUCUCGGGUCGAUCAUAG